AUGGCUGGUGCCUCAUAUGGUAGUUUUCACAUCUUUCCGGGAGACUUGACAAUUGUUUUGGUUGGCAGCACUGGCAGUGGAAAAAGUGCGACAGGAAAUUCGAUCCUUGAAAAGAAAGCAUUCAAGUCAAGCUCUGCCUUUGGUCGCGUGACAACUACUAGUAUGCGACAAGCCACCGUGUUAGAAGAUGGGAGAGUUUUCAACGUGAUUGAUACGCCAGGCUUGUUCGAUUCUAUUAGUAAACCUGAAGAUGUUGAAAAAGAGAUUGUAAGAUCCAUACAAAUGUCUAAAGAUGGCAUUCAUGCGGUUCUUUUGGUUGUGUCACUGAAAGUUCGAUUUAGUGAGGAACAAGUUGCUACUGUUGAGACCUUGAAGCACUUGUUCGGAAACAAAAUUCUUGAUUAUAUGAUUGUCACUUUUACUGGUGGUGAUGAAUUGGAAGAAGAUCAAACAUUGGAUGACUACCUGGCAUAUUCAUGCCCUCCAGCUUUAAAGGAUCUACUUGAAAAGUGUGAAGAGAGAAAGCUAGUGUUUAAUAACAGGGCAAAGGAUCAGGUGACAAAGGCUGAGCAACGCCGACAACUUCUUACUUUGAUUACCAACAUUCUUGUGAAAAAUGGUGGAAAGCCCUACACACAUGAGCUUUUUAAUCAACUCAAGAAUGAAACUGCUGAAAGGGAUUCCAAGAAGAAAAUCGAUGAGGAGCAGCAACUUAUUGCUACAAUGGUGAAAGAGAAGCUGAAGGAGAGGGAGGAAGAAACCACAAGGUUGAAGCAGGAAGCAGAAAGACUUAAAAAAGAGCUUAAUGCGAGCACUAAACACCAGCAACGUUCUAAACAAGAAAUGCAGAGGUUGAACCAGCAACUGCCUUCUCCGGAAGGUAAUGCAAGCUUGUUCGGUUCAACUAUUAAACGUGAAGAUGUUGAGAAAGAGAGUGCUCGAUGCAUGGAAAUGGCUAAAGAUGGCAUUCAUGCUCUUCUUUUGGUUGUGUCAUUGAAAGUUCGGUUCAAUGAGGAGCAAGUUGCAAUUGUUGAGACCUUAACGCACAUGUUUGGAGAUAGAAUUCUUGAUUAUAUGAUCGUCGCUUUUACUGGAGGGGAUGAACUGGAAGAUGAUCAAACAUUGGAUGAGUACUUGGCCUGUUCACGCCCCCCAGCUUUAAAGGAUCUACUCGAAAAGUGUGGAAACAGAAAAGUAGUUUUUAAUAAUAGAGCAAAGGAUAAGGAGACCAAGGCUGAGCAACGCCAACAACUUCUUACUGUGAUUACCAACAUUCUUGUGAAAAAUAGUGGAAAGCCCUACACACAUCAGCUAGUUGUUAAAAUGGAGAAUUCAAACCUGGAAACGGAUAAAGCGUCAGAAGACGAGGAGUUGCAGGGAGACAGUGCUGAAGUGGUCGUGCCUUCAAAUUUCUCCCCCAAAGACUUAUACUCAGGUGCCAGCCCUCUUGUCAUUGAUUCAGACGAUGAACAAGUACCAGGAAAGAAACAGGCCACCAAGGUCAAAAAGACUAAGAAAAGGAAUAUUCUAAGAUGUUCGUGGAAGCCUAUUGACGAGGAACUUGGCAAGAAAAACAAAAAUGAACAGCCCCCUUCUGACAAAGUCGUCAGCACCACAACUUCAACACGGGAACAAAUUGGAGAGAAGACCAAACUUUUACUUCCCCAAGAGGUUACCCUUGGCGGCAAGGGAACUGCUAUAACCUUCUUUGACCCACCGAUCGUAGACUGCGUAGAGCUCGAGCAGAAGGCACUAGCAAUGUCAACCUCUGAAUGCCUGAUGCAGGUCAAUGUUGUUAUGAUAAACUUCUUGUCUCAAAUUAGAGAUUUAAACACUGAAGUAAAGAAACUCCGAGAUGAGAAAAAAUUCUCUGAAGAUUAUCAUCAGAAACAACAACAGCUCUUAAACUCAAGGGAGGAAGAGAUAGAGCAAUUAAAGAAGGACUACAAUGCCAUUGAUGAGAAAUUAAAGGCAUCCAUGAACUCUCAUAUCUCAAAGGAAGAUUUGUACAAGUGGUUAGUCACUUUUCUGUACAGGAUAAUGGCCACUGCAGGAAUGGUCGAGAAGGUGAAGACAGUCAACCUCCCAUCCUUCAACUAUGGUUGCCACUUUGUAGCUGUCGUUGUUCUCGAAAGGCUUGCCAUAGGUAAGGAAAUUACAGCCAAGUGGAUCAAACAAUUCAUAAAGGAGGCUCCUCGAAAAACUAUGCAUCAGACCUUGGUGAGGGAGCUCACGCAGCCUGAAGAAAGCCAAUUCCCUUUACUAGAGAUUAUUAAGGAUGCAUUGCCCAGCAUGAAGGAGCCCGAGGAGCUGACAAAGCUAGCGGGAGAUGUUUCUGUAGACCUGACUUCUCUGCCCCCUGAAGAAUUAUCCCUUUUCGAGGUGUCAAAUGAAAAGGAGGCUACUCAAGUCGAAGAAGAAUAUGAAGAAGAAGUCGAGGAAGAAGGUGACAUAUAA